AGUUUACAGAGAAUGGUGAGAAUAAGAGAAAAUAUCCAGAGAGCUCUGUGGACAGAAAUGUCUUGCAGUUGUCAGAGGAGAAUGUCCAGAAUGGUUCCAGCUGAUAGAAAGGCAACAGUAACUCAAGUGGUUACAACCGAAGUCUGCAGAAGAGCAUCUCUGAAGGCAAAACACGUCAAACCUUGAUGCAGAUGGACUACAGCAGGAGAAGAACACAUCAGGUAUCACUGCUGUCAGCUAAGAACAGGAAACUGAGGCUACAGUUCCCACAGACUCAUGUAAACUGGACAAAAGAAGAUGCAAAAAUGUUGGUGUGGGGAUAUUUUCUUGGCACACUUUGGAUCCCUUAGUACCAAUGAGUUCACUGGACUCUAAUGACCUCCACAGUCAGCAGAACCUAAUGACCUAAUUUGACAUCAUCAGACCAGGAGCCAGAUGUCUUAUAGGCUCCUCUGUAUCGAAAGGAAAUCACUUUGGAAUCGUUCAAGACCGCCCCUGAAGAUUUUCAAAAGCCCCAAUAUACCGACGAUCUUACCGAGUACACAAUGUAUCGCUUCAAGAAAGACCGACCAGAAGAAGUUUCCCUCUGGGAAAUUUUGCGUACGAAAGCAGUUGCUUCGUUUGACCUGAAUGAGAUCCGUUCCAUUCUGCGUCGGGUGGUAACUGCUUUAGAUAAUCCCAAAAGUCUUCAUGGAAUUCUGACGCCUGAAAGAAUCCAGUUGACUGUCAAAAGAAACCACAAACAACGGAUCAUAUCUACGGAAUACAGUCGAUUUGAGACAUUUUCUAAGGGUGCUGGUGGGCAUUUCAGGUGGUACAUGGCCCCAGAGAAACUUGUGGGUUCAUGGACCACUGAAAAAUCCCACGUCUGGUCCCUUGGUUGCAUUGUUGCGGAAAUGUUCCUUGGAUUUCCUCUCUACAGUGCCGAUAAUGCUUAUGAGGUGAUCCGGAACAUCACACAUAAUUGCGGAGACUUUCCAGAACGUCUCCUCAACGACGGAUCCAUAACUAAAGAGUUUUACUUGAAAAGUAAGACAAACAAGUGGGUUUUGAAGACUCCAACAGAAUUUGGAGUGAAAACCCCAAAAGAGGUGACAUUAGUUUCACCAGAUGUCCUCAGAAAACACCAACGGAAGUCAGGAAUUUGCAACAAGACUCAACAGAUAGACUUGGAACAUUUUAUUGACCUGCUUAAAGAAAUGAUGUUCUUGGAUCCUGAAGAAAGAAUUCCUCUUCGUCAGGUGCUGCAGCAUCCAUUUUUCAGAAGGAACUGGGAUCUCCCAAGAAGCUCUACAGGAAAUGUCCAUACUUCUACAAGACAGGAAAUGCCCCCUUCAUCAGCAAAGAUGGAAAAGAAGGAUUUACCAUGCCAUUCUGGUAAAGAAAGAACGCCGCCCACAGUCUGGAUCAUUGGAUCAGGGUAUUACGUCAUCGGAGCACAACAAACAGCAAAUCAAUGCUUUGGAGAAAACCUUGGACUCAAUGCAAGAAUAACCUGGAUUGGAAAGGUAAACAUGCACUGGAAGGAUGUCCUGGAUACUUUUAAUAGUGAGGUUUCCAGACAGGGGAGAUCUCCAGACAUUUUAGUUCUCCAUGUCGGCGGCAACGACCUGGGAAACAGGAAUGUCUCCGAUCUAACCUCUGAAAUGGUGAAGGACCUGAUCCGCAUUCAUGAGACUUCUCCCAGGAUGAAAAUCGCAUAUUCCUCCAUAACUCCUAGACUGACCUGGGCG